AUGGUUUGGAUCAUUGACAGAUAUUUGGAACUCGAGGCUCCCCUCCUACAUGCUUUAGCACGUAUGCCAUAUGUGCAGAAUUUUAUACAUGACCCUAUUAGUGCACGAAUAACGUUGUUUCUGAUGAUAAUGGGUAGCAUUGCCAUCAUUAACGAGCUUAAUAUGACCCGUAAGAUGGCCCAAGUUACCCAUGAAACUUCUGAAGAAUUGAACAAAGGUUAUAUCGACGAAUCUCUAAAAUUACACCGCCUCAUAGUAAGUGAUGAAUAUCAUAGUAAGGAAUACUUGGAUGAAAAAAGUGGGAUCGUAAUCGAAGAAUUUGAGGACAAAGAGAAAUUCUUCGCCAAACCAGUCCACGUUGCUCAUCUUUACGUGGAAUGUCAAUGUAUCAGAACGAUCGAAAGUCAGCCACUACUGGAAAAACCGCUGUUGUUCCAUUUGGAAUUUUCACCGGAAGAAUAUGAAAAUGAAAAGAGACCAGAAUUCGGCACAAGACUUCGUGUGUUACGUAAACGGUUGUAUCACCUCUUCAAAGAUUCUCACCUUUUUGAAGAAUUGGUAACUGAUAGACAAAAAUUCGCCAUUGGUAAUAACGUUCGUAUCUUUAAUUCGCAAAAUGAACUUUUACCUGUGUCAACGGACGAUGUUCAAUUAUGCUUCUUAAAGAUAGAAACUGGUGAUAAAAUCAAGUGCGAAUUUGUUUUGGGGGAAUAA